AUGCGUGGACUUUCUGGGUAUCACAUCAUGAUAGUCUCAAUUUACUUUGAAACUAUCAACGACUUUAUUAACUUGGAGUUGGUAUGCAAAAAGUUUGGUGGUAAUAUGAAAAAGUUUCAUUUCAACCCAAUUCCGUUAAAUUCCAAAACAUUUAGAUACUUCCCAAACAUCGAGACACUUCACUUGUGGAGUAAAGACGAUGAGAAUUUUGGCAAUGGAUUUAUGAUCAAUACAGAAGAAUAUGAAGAUAGUGGAAAUGAAGCUGUUUUAAAAAAAGAAUUUUAUCGAAUCAUUGUGUGGUUCAAUGUUGACUUUGAAACUGUUGACAGAAACAAAAGUCGAAACAUCGAGUUCAAAAAUGUCACUUACACUCAAAAAGAUAGAGAGAAAUUUGGCAACAACAUUCCAUCAAGUUCGACAUCAAUUGGUGAUUAUUGUUUUGAUGGAUGCAGUAGUUUGAGUAGUGUCAACAUACCAUUGAAUGAAACAUCAAUUGGUUAUUUUUGUUUCCGUGGAUGCAGUAAUUUGACUAGUGUUACAAUACCAUCAAGUGUAGCAUCAUUUGGUAAUAGUUGUUUCAGUUAUUGUCGUAGUUUGAGCAGUGUUACAAUACCACAAAAAGUGACAUCAAUUGAUGAUUAUUGUUUCUAUGAAUGUAGUAGUCUCAGUAGUAUUACAAUACCAUCGAGUGUGACAUCAAUUGGUGGUGGUUGUUUCCAAGGAUGUUGUAGUUUGAGCAGUGUUACAAUAGCAUCAUAUGUGACAUAUAUUGGUAAUGGUUGUUUCUAUAGAUGCAGUAGUUUGAGAAGUGUAACUAUACCAUCGAGUGUCACAUCAAUUGGUGAUAAUUGUUUCAGUAAAUGCAGAAGUUUAAGCAGUGUUAACAUACCAUCAAGUGUGACAUCAAUUGGUUAUGCAUGUUUUUAUAAAUGCAGUAGUUUAAGUAGUAUUACAAUACCAUCAAGUGUGACAUCAAUUGGAAUUCAAUGUUUCCCAUCAGAUACAGUAGUUCAUCGAAAUUAA